AUGAGUCCAGUAGGAACACUGGCAAAGCUAAUGGAAUGGAUUGAGCAGCAUGCCAAGAACGAGGAAGACAUACUCUGGGAAGACGGUAAGGUGGUUGCCGAGCAAGCCAAGGGGCCUGCAAAGAAAGCUGAUAAGCCAGAGCCCAAAACAUACCGGGAAAGGAAGGACUAUGGGCUAAGAAAGAGCCAAGGUGAUAAAGAUGCAAAGCGAGCUACGAGUCAGCAUUGCAAUUAUCACAAGGAUCGGGGACACAUGACAGAGGAUUGUGAGAUGUUCAAGCAGCACCUUGAUGACUUGGUCUCUCGUGGUUAUUUGAAGGAGUUCAUUCAGGAAGAACCUAAGGGUGUUGAGAAAGCAAUGGAGUUGGAUUACGAGCAGAAUCCAAGGGGUGUAAUCCAUAUGAUAAAUGGAUUGGCUGCAUUUUAUACGAGAAAUGAGGUGAGGUUGCUCCAGAGACAAGUGAAGCAUGACCAACACGUCAUGCAGUUGGGGAAGAAAAAAGGACGUGAAGAAGAGGUAUGCAACGAGGGCAUAGUCUUCACGGAUGAGGACUUGGGAGGAGUUAAGGUGCCAUAUAAUGACGCCUUGGUCAUAAUCCUACGAAUUGGAGAGUAUGACAUGGAGAGGAUCUUGGUGGACUCAGGAAGCUGCACGGAGGUGCAAUACUAUGAUGCGUUUAAAAAAUUAGGACUAACACAGGCAGACCUGGUGCAGUCAAUAACCCCGCUGGUUGGAUUCCGUGCAGGAGUAGUCUGGCCAUUGGGCAAAGUGACUCUGCCUGUUUGGGAAGGAACAGUGGUGCUACAAACCGACUUCCUAGUGGUAGAUGUGCCAUCUUCUUAUAAUGCGAUUAUAGGAAGAACGUGGUUGCACAAGAUGAGGUCAGUUUUCUCCACUUACCAUCAAAUGGUAAAGUUUCCCGGAUCUAAUGGCAUUGAAAAGAUCAGAGGAAACCAAAAGGUUUCCGAGCAGUGCCUGAUUUCGAUAAUCAAGAAUGCACCUAAAGCAAUGUUGGUUCAAGCCAUCGAGGUAUUAGACCAGCCGACCAUUGAGGAUGUCAGAGGGAACCCCGCCGAGAAAGUUGUGGAAGGCUUGAAGAAGAUUUAG